CCAUGAUGGAAGGCCUGGACGACGGCCCCGACUUCCUCUCAGAGGAAGACCGCGAACUUAAAGCAAUAAGUGUAGAUCUUCAAAGUGAUGCUGCUCUACAGGUGGACAUUUCUGAUGCUCUUAGUGAAAGAGAUAAAGUAAAACUCACUGUACAUACAAAGAGUUCAUUGCCAAAUUUUAAGCAAAAUGAGUUUUCUGUUGUCCGACAACAUGAAGAAUUUAUCUGGCUUCAUGAUUCCUUCGUUGAAAAUGAAGACUAUGCAGGUUACAUUAUCCCACCGGCACCACCAAGACCUGAUUUUGAUGCUUCAAGGGAAAAACUACAGAAGCUUGGAGAAGGAGAAGGGUCGAUGACGAAGGAGGAAUUCACAAAGAUGAAACAGGAAUUGGAAGCUGAAUAUUUGGCAAUAUUCAAGAAGACAGUUGCAAUGCAUGAAGUGUUCCUAUGUUGUGUGGCAGCACAUCCUAUUUUGCGAAAAGAUUUAAAUUUCCAUGUCUUCUUGGAAUAUAAUCAAGAUCUGAGUGUGCGAGAAAAGAACAAAAAAGAAAAACUUGAGGAUUUCUUUAAAAACAUGGUUAAAUCAGCAGAUGGAGUAAUUGUCUCAGGUGUAAAGGAUGUAGAUGAUUUCUUUAAGCAUGAACAAACAUUUCUUUUAGAAUAUCAUAAUUGUGUUAAGGAUGCAUCUGCUAAAUCUGAUAGGAUGACAAGAUCUCACAAAAGUGCUGCAGAUGAUUACAAUAGAAUUGGUUCUUCACUCUAUGCUUUAGGAACUCAGGAUUCUACAGAUAUAGCAAGUUUUUUUCUCAAAGUUUCAGAACUGUUUGAUAAAACAAGAAAAAUAGAAGCACGAGUAUCUGCUGAUGAGUAUCUCAAACUUUCUGAUCUCUUAAAAUGUUACUUAAGAGAAUCUCAAGCAGCUAAGGACCUCCUCUAUAGAUGGUCUAGGUCUUUAGUGGAUUAUGAAAAUGCUAAUAAAGCACUGGAUAAGGCAAGAGCCAAGAAUAAAGACGUUCUGCAGGCUGAAACUUCUCAACAAUUAUGUUGUCAGAAGUUUGAAAAAAUAUCUGAAUCUGCAAAACAAGAACUUAUAGAUUUUAAGACAAGAAGAGUUGCAGCAUUCAGAAAAAAUUUAGUGGAACUUGCAGAAUUAGAACUGAAGCAUGCAAAGGGUAACCUCCAGUUGCUACAGAAUUGCCUGGCAGUGUUAAAUGGAGAUACAUAAGCCAUAUUCCACCUUCCCAUUAAAAAGGGCUGCCUUCCUUCAGAUCUUACUUUUGUU